CCAUCAUCUCUUCACUCGAGACAGCGGCGCACACUCGACGACGCGAACGCCCCUUCCCCGCUUGGCUCUUUUCCUCUCCACCGCCUACGCAACGGGCAUGCCUCCUCUCUCUCUCCUCUUCGGAUCUCCCCUUUGCCAUCGGCGAGAUCUUGGAGGAGGGGGACGGACGCGCCAUGUUGAAAGCCCGAGGGUACGCUGACGUCAACGUCGUCCGCCCCAAGGAGUACCGGGAUUACGAGUCGCUCACUGUCCAUUGGGGGGUUUCUAGCAGAUCUUCAUGCUCGUGCAGUUUCGAGAUGCUAAAGGAUGAUGUUGAUACUCUUGUUCCCGGUAGAUUCUUCUGUUGCGAACCACUUUUCGGCUCCUACAUGUUUGAUGUACGAUGUUUCGUAAUAUGUAAUGACUCCUUCCGAGCAUCGACUGCAAUGUUUGCUUCCCGCUCCUACAAUCAGCUGCAUGUUGGCAGCUUUUCUUCUGCUGCUUGGAGUCAGGAUGUUUAUGAGAUUGUGUGCGGAAGGUUGGAAGAGGAAAGUACAGUGAGGUCUUUGAAGGCAUAGAUGUAACCAAUAACGAGCAGUGCAUCAUCAAGAUCCUGAAGCCUGUUAAGAAAAACAAGGUAUUUUCUCAUUCAUGGUUGUCUAGUGUGCUACUCCUUAUGAAGCCAAAAAAGUCUUUUAUUGCAUCAAAUUGUUGCACCUGUGCUAUACUUUGGAUGACAAUCUGGAGCUUAUGUAUGCAUGCAUCAUGUGAAGUUCAUCACCAGAAUAAUGAAGUUGAAAAAUCUUGACUUGAAAAUGAAGUCAAGGAAUUCCAUUGGUCCUCAUGAAAUAAUUAAAUAUCUUAGAUUUUUUUUUUCUUCUUUGCAAGACAUGUUAGAGAUUAUAUGAUUGCUUCUAUGAAGUUUUGCAGCUGAUAAAGCAACACUAGAAAACAAAGGAUUGCUUUUCUUACCUUAUAAAGUGGAUCUGACACCUGAUACUUUUAUAAUCUUCUAUCAGUCUACUUAUCUCUAGUUCU